GUCGUCACCGCACCAACCCAUCCCAACCCCUCCCCACUCCUCCCCCGCUCCACCCCACCACACCACAGGCGAGGGCGACUCCUUCCUCGCAGCAGCUGCCCGCCCCGACCCCGAUCGCCACGCCUUUUCUCGCCGCGGCGCGUGCGCAGUAUCCGCGGACCCGGCCGGCCUCUCUGUGGGGGCGCAUCUGGUGGCUGGCUACCUCGCCAGGCUAGGGUUGGGUGGUCCUCUUCUACCUUCGUAUCACGCGAGCAGGCUCCGGGCGCGCGUCAUCGUCUCUCGCUCUCCGGUUGCCACCGUGUGCUUCCCGCGCGAGCUUCCACGUGCCACGGGAGGGCCGCUGCCGCCGCUCCGUCCACCCGAGGAUUAUCCGGCAGAACAACUAUCUUGGAGAUCUAUGCCUAAAGGGUCAUUUGAAGUCUGGAAGUUUCUGUUGAAGUGUACAUAGAAAUAUUUCCUGACUUUUGUGGAAGACUGAAGAGCUUCUAAAUGUGAAACUUUCCUCUUUUUAUUGGUUACUCCUGGAUGCUAUUGAACUCGCCCUCUCACGUUACUUGAAGCUCAAGGUCGUACUGGUAUGAACACUUCAAGGAUGGAACAAGCAACAGGUGUAAGUGGUCCUGAACACAUAAUUGAUAUUCCGAGGGACACUGGUUCUUCCGCUUCUGUUUCUCGCAGUGUGGAUAGAGAGAACCAUGAAGAACUGAAUCCUGUGGACAGGCCUUCAACUAGAGCUCUAGUACCUGCCCUGCAGGCACCAUCAGCAAUAGGUGCUGUACCUAGUGCAGGGCAGACUUCAGGCACUAGGAGAAGUGAUAACUAUGUUCGCCGGCACAGAAGCCCUUUGAAUUCUGGACUGUGGAUUUCAAUUGAAGUUAUUGUCAACGUGAGCCAGAUUGUAGCUGCUAUUGUUGUUCUCUGUCUGUCAAGAAAGGAGCAUCCACAAGCUCCAUUACUUGAGUGGGUCAUAGGUUAUACAGUUGGUUGUUUUGCAACGUUACCCCAUCUCUAUUGGCGCUAUAUACACCGUAAUAUUGUAAAUGGUGAGCAUGAGCCAGCACACGCUCCACAAGGGUCCUCUCAUAACAACUCAACUGAAGCCACUCAUGCAGCAAGUGCAUCAGAACGUCGUAGGAAUGCUGCACGAAAUGCGGUGCUUGCUAAUCCCAGGAUUAAUGCACUGUUUGACCACUUCAAGAUGGCCCUGGAUUGUUUCUUUGCUGUAUGGUUCGUUGUUGGAAAUGUGUGGAUAUUCGGUGGACGUUCUUCUGCUGCUGAUGCUCCAAACUUGUACAGGUUAUGUAUUGUUUUCCUCACUUUUAGUUGCAUUGGGUAUGCCAUGCCGUUCAUCCUCUGCGCAAUGAUAUGCUGCUGCCUUCCCUGCAUUAUAUCUGUUAUGGGUUUUAGAGAAGAUACAAACAACACAAGGGGGGCUACUUCGGAAUCUAUCAAUGCUUUGCCUACAUAUAAAUUCAAAACAAAGAAACGCCGCCAUGGUUCAGGAAGUGAAGCUGAAGGCCAAGAAGGUGGGGUAGUGGCCGCAGGGACUGAGAAGGAGCGGUCACUUUCUGCUGAAGACGCUGUUUGCUGCAUCUGUCUUGCCAAGUAUGCACACAAUGAUGAGCUUCGUGAACUCCCAUGCUCACAUUGUUUCCACAAGGAUUGUGUUGAUAAAUGGCUCAAGAUAAAUGCACUUUGCCCUUUGUGCAAAUAUGAGAUAGCGAGCUCAUCCAGCACUUCUGAUACACGUCAAUCAGACCAGAAUGCUAUUCCGGUGCAGGAGAUUGAAAUGCAUUAGGUUGGUCUGCUCUCCCUCAUUACACAAGAAUACCGCUGUUUGGGGUUCCCUGCCUUCAUGUAUAAAGUUGGAGAUUGAUGUAUGGAUUGUAGUGACUCCUAGGGUUCGUUUUAUCAUUGUUAUCUUGGAGAUGUUACAGCUCUUCUCGCUGUCACCCAACAGUGCCCAAGCCAAUACUACCCAGGUUUCCAUCAGCAUGUAUUGUACCUUGUUCUGUUUUGAAUGACACUGGAUGGCUACUUAGUAGCGCAAAAGAGGCAGGCCAGGUCCAGGUACAUAGAUGAUCCGUUAACUGCGUGAUCCUAGUCAACUUUGCUGUAUUUCAUUCGUGAAACUGAAGUUUACGAUAUUCAGUUGAUGACUAUAAAAAUCUGGUAAAAACCUGUUCCACUUGU